AUGUCUUUAUAUUGUUAUGGCGAAAGACGAGAGCAACACUUCACACCAGGCAGAUUUACUCCUAUCAAAUUGCCCGAAGGACCACCGUUGGAAGGAGUUGCUCAUUUGCUAGACUUUCCAAGACAUAGAUUAAGACUACUGGAAAAACUCGGAGAGGGAGACUUUGGAAUGGCACGAAUUUUACGAGAAACCAGCUGGUUGGCCGGCCUAAGAGAUCCCAACCUAGCACGAGUUGUUGGAUUUUGCAGUCAGGACGAACCCAUGUGCGCUCUGAUGGAACAUUCCGAACCCGGCGAUCUCCCGAUGUUCUUAGUACAACGAGCUGUCAGCGAAGAUGGCGUUACAACUAAAGGGCCUUGUAUUAGUUAUGGAUGCUUAAUAUACGUUGCAACCCAAGUAGCUUCCGGAAUGAAGUAUUUGGAAUCGUUGGAUUUGGUGCACAGGGAUUUAGCUGCUAGGAAUUGUGUAAUAGAUAAAAAUUUCACUGUAAAAGUGUCUGACCACGCAAUGUACUGCGAUCGCUACGAAAAUGACUACUACAUCAGUGAUACGAAAGCCAGACUACCUUUAAGAUGGAUGUCUUGGGAAGCUUUAUUACUGGGCCGACAAACUACCAAAAGCGAUGUAUGGGCCUUUGCAAUCACUCUUUGGGAGAUUCUGAUGCUCUGUACACAACAACCGUAUGCAGAACUGACCAGCGAACAAGUAGUUGAAAAUAGCAACCAUUGGUACCAGAACGAUGGCUGUCAAAGGUACCUUCCUCGACCAGCAGCUUGCCCUAGAGAAAUUUACGAUUUGAUGGGUGAGUGCUGGAAACGAAACGCAGCCGACAGACCACGGUUUUCCGAGAUCCACCUCUUCUUGCAAAGGAAAAACUUGGGCUACAUGCCUGGUCCGAACUCUCAGGUGUGA